AUGGACUCUUCGGCGAUACUAUUCGUGGUAACCUUGAUCAUUGGGUUUAUAUUCCUCAGAUGGAUAAUAUCUCCCAUUCCAGAAACCAAUGAUUUCAAUAUAGAUCCAUCCACCUUGUCGAAAGAUGGAGAAGACGAGACCACCACCGAAAUAUCCACAUCAACGAAAAGACGUAACCGAAGAGAAGUAACUGAUUCAAUGAUUGAAGUUGUGCAGACUAUUGCUCCCAGGUUGACUGUCGAGCAGAUUCGCUUUGAUUUGGAAAAGACCGGAUCGGUGGAAGUGACAGUUGAUAAUUAUAUGGAGCAUGGAGAUUUGCCACAUCCCUCAAAGUAA